AUGGAUAAUGACUUAAAUAAAUAUUUACAACAAAACCAUAAUCAACUUACAUGGAAAGAAAGAAUUAACAUAAUUUGUGAUAUAAUAAAAGCACUUUACGAAAUUCAUGAAGAGAAAGCGAUUCAUAGAGAUUUACAUUCCGGGAAUAUAUUAUAUUUACAAAGUGCAAAUUUAUGGUGUAUUUCUGAUCUUGGAUUUUGUGGACCUGUUGAUCAACCAUUAUCGAGCAUAUAUGGAAAUCUUCCCUAUAUAGCACCUGAGGUUGUAAUUGAAAAAAAACAGGGUUUUGCGUCAGAUAUAUAUAGUAUUGCAAUGCUCAUGUGGGAAAUUUCAUCCGGAAAACCACCAUUUAAUAAUUGUGAACAUGAUUAUGUUCUUGCAAUGAAUAUUAUUGGAGGUAUGAGACCAGAAAUUGUACUAGAUACUCCUUUAGAAUAUAAGCAGCUAAUGGAACAAUGUUGGGAUGCUGAUCCAUUAAAGAGACCUGACAUAGAUCGUCUUUAUAAUAAAAUAUUCGAAAUAAGAAAUUUAUAUUAUCAAAAUGGUUCAAAUAAAUCAUAUAAUCAACCAUUUCACAAGUAUAAUAUUAAUUUAUACCAGUUUUUUCAGUCAAACAAAAGUAAAAGUUUUAAAACAGAUUAUGGAAGCCGACUGAUUACAAGUAAAUUUUAUAACUUUGAACAUUUAUCAUCAUUAAAACCUAAAAAUGCGACAGAAGGUACUAAAUCAUAUUCUUUGUAUGAAUUGUUAUAUUUAAAAAUUGUGAACUAA